GCCCAGACAAACUCAUGCCCAUGUUCCCAAGAGACCACCCAUGUCUUGGCCCCCAGCAGCGGCCCCUGAUGGGCCUGUCCACCAUGCUGACCAGUCUCCUACUCUCUGUCACAGCCAUGAUAACUGUCCUGCUCUUCGACCUCUUUUCCUUGCCAAAGAUCAUCCAUGCCAUGGCCACCGAUGGGCUCCUCCUCCAGGUGUUUACCUACAUGCACUCCCAGAUACAGGCACCUGUGGUGAGCAUCCUGGUGUUCGGGGCCCUCAUGACUUUCCUGGCUCUGCUGCUGGACCUCGAGGUGCUGGUCCAGUUCCUGUCCAUCAGCACACUGCUGGACUAUAGCUUCAUGGCCACCAGCACUAUCAUGCUACGCUUCAGAAAGACACCUCCAUCCAGCUCCCUGGCCCCAGGCAGCCCUGUGGGCACUGAGCCUGGGCAGCUGCGACCAGCCCUGAGGCCCUACCUCAGCUUCCUGGGUGGGUGCAGGCCUGGAGCUGCUGUGGCUUGGACCCUGGGUGUCCUGGUGGCCUCGGCCAUCACUCUGGACUGUGUGCUGGUCUUCGGGGACUCAGCCCUGCACCUCCCGCCCUGGGGCUACACCCUGCUGCUCCUGCUCAGCUCCGCCACCUUUCUUCUCAGUCUCCUCAUCCUGGGGGCCCACCAGCAACAGCGCAGGCAGGACACCUUUCAGGUUCCCGUGACUCCCCUGACUCCCGCCCUGAGCAUCCUCCUUGACAUCUUCCUCAUGCUGCACCUGAGUUACCUGACCUGGCUGGGCUUAUUCAUCUGGCUGCUGAUUGGACUCGCGGUGUAUUUUGGCUACGGCAUCUGGCACAGCAAGGAGAACCAGCGUGGUUGACCAUCCCACAAGGCAACCUGGAGGAGAUGGUGCCAGCCCUGCAGCCCCCCAGCCAGGCACCAGCCCAGGAGCCCAGUCACACAGAGCAGCCGGACAGUCUAUGAGGACCACUGGGGGCCUGCCUGCCCUCCCCAUCUCUUCAGGUUGCCUGAGGUGUUGGCCACCCCUUCUAUCUUGGGCAGCUUGGGUUUGCAGACCUGCCCGUGCUGGGGGGUCCUCAGGACCUCAAGACCUUAGACCAGGUGCUGAGCUUCGAGUCUUUGGGAGUGGGCCAUGGCCAGCACUGGUGUAGUGGACUCUGCCCAUCACCUUCCAGUUUAUGACCAACUCUAGCUACCUGGGCAGGUGGAGUAGCGCGGGCAGGGAAGAGACUCGAGUCCCAGGGAUCCACAGUAAUAACUGCUUAGCCUGCCAUGUGGCCAGCUGCUGUGUCCACUGUGGUAGACUUUGUGGCCCUGAGUCCUCACCUGCCCCUGGGAACUAGAUGGUUGUCACCAAUCCACAGCAAAGGUGCAGAGGUUCUGCAGGGAGGAGGUGCCAGGCCUGAGUCAGGGACACAGCCAGGCCUGAUUCUCAGGGUCUUGCCCUCAGGCAACUGACCCCUGCCCAGCAGAGAGGGGAGCUACACACACCAGGCACAGAGGGGUCCCUCACAGAGUGAGGCCGGGCUCCCUCCCAGCCUCCCCACAUGUCAUCUUGAGGACAGAUCCAGAGAGCAGAGCCAUUGCAGUUCCAGGUUUUCCUCAUUUUCCCAAUCCUGAGACCUGCCUCGGAUGGAGAGGGCCCCCUGCCUGGGCACACACAUCUCUCAGGCACAGGCCCACAUGGCCCACACAGUCCCCUGGGCAUGCACCCACGUGCAGACUGAGGCAGCAGCUGUUUCCCAGCCCAGGGCUGCCAGCAGCUUCCAGCGGCCUCUCUCCCUGCUGCCCCCUCAGGGCUUUGUGACAAAGGCUCAGGAUGAGACACACAUGGGCAGGUGGGUGCAUAAGUACCUGGGCCUGCUCCAGGGACCUUCCACCCAACUGUGGUGUUGAAGCCCCAUCCAUGGGGGUCCCUAGGCCCACCCUGCACCCCCCGUGGUCUCCCCAAGGCCAUGCUCCAUCUACAAUAGCUGCCUCCCCCUCCCCGUUCUUGCCUGUGAGGACCACACAGGAAGCCGCUGGCUUUGGCAGCUUUACUCCUCGACUCUCUGCAGCCUCAACAACACUUUCUCUGGGCCCCAAGGGCAAUCAGGGACAUGUGACCCCACUCCAAUAACCAGGCCUCAGGGCCAUGAUCUCUCACUCAGGCCCUUCUGAGCCAGCCUCCCAUGGACACUGCCCUGGGGGUGAGAGGCAGCAGGGAUCCCAAGGCUUUGCUGAGGCUCCUGGUGCCAGAUGAUUCCAGAUGUUGCCCAGCCUGAGCCCCAGGCCCCCCUCCCAAGUCUGGCCUGUGUCCCUCCACCAGCAAGCUGCCAGCAGGGCCCUGCUCACCAGGGACCCAUGUGGAGGCAGCCUCUUGUCUCCCUGGGGUAGGUACAACAAACUCUGCCCCUCCCUGGGAACCAGAGAGGGCUUGGCUCCUGCAGCCCUGUCCCUGCCCUCCUGACCAUGGGCCCAGGACAUGGGGAAAUUCUCCAGCAGGCAGGACUCAGACCCCCAGGAGGAUUCCAGAGCCAGAACCAGGCCAACCUGCUGGGGGCCCUAUGUCUUCUCUUAGGGACAUUCUCUCCACCCCCUGGGCUCCACCUGGGGUCUUGUUCAGAGCGUGAGCUUCAUGCAGUUGGCUUAGGCUGCAUGGGCAGCUGCCCAGACAUAUUCUUGGGUGUGACCUUGGGCAGCUGUGACACGUGUGUCCAGGGAUACAGCCUCCCCACCCCAUGGCUCCCAGGAGUCCGGUGAGCAGCUUGCAGGGUCUUGUGCUGCGGGUACCAAGGAGACAUAUAGAAGAUUCCAAAGGACCCCAUGCCCACCAACUCAGCCCCUCCACCCACGUCCCCAUCCCAGCCCUCCACAGGCUGAGGGCUGCCACCAGGAAGGGGAUGGUGCUCAUCAGCUGAGCAGGUAGGGGACAAAGGAAUCCUGUGCCCUUGUCUGGGGUCCUAGGGGGUCAGAGCAUCUGCCCACCACAUUCCUCACUCUAUGGAUGAGGCCCAGAACUGGGAGGGGCCCUGCACUGGGAACCCAGCACAGAGCAGCUGCCACAGCUCCUCUUGUCAGGCUGCCUUCUCCCUGGCCUUGGACUCUGGCUGCACAGACCCCAGUGUGGGGCAGCUGAGAGGGCAGGGCCUCUUCCUGUCAGGGGGUGCCAGCAGGGGGAGGAGGGCUGGGAGCCAGGCAGGGCCGGAGGUGACCACGGCCAGUGUGGUGCACAGCUGGAGAGCGGGGAGCUGCUGGGAACACUGGAAAUGGAGACUAGGAGAGCAUCUCCAGCCCCAGCCCCAGCCGGAGCCCCACUGGACCGGGGCCCUGCGUCUGUUCCCUGCAGUCUCUACACAAAACUGGCUUCUGUGGUCCCCAGGCAGCACCUGCCGAGGCUGGCGCUGGGGAGGGACAGGCUACCUGGGAGCAGAAGGGUGGAAUUCUUCCCCAACCCCUGCCCUGGGCCUUCCAAGGCUUCAGCCAUGAGUCCCCAAGGUGCGGGCCCCUAGUCAUUUGAGCCUCCAACCUCCAACCAGCAGAGAAAGGCUACAGGCCUCAGGAAUGGGCCAGCAAGUGGGUGCCAGGCCCACCCUGGUGACGGUGUCCAGCUCCCAGCAGCAGCAGUGGGGGCAGGUGCUGGGCCCCCUCUAAGGCACCUGGGCAGCCAGAUGUGGAGAAGCUGCCUGUCUGCUCAGGGUUGGCAGUUCCCUUUGGGGUCUUUGUCUGCAGAUGAAGACAGCAGGUCAGGGUUCCAGCCACCAUCCUCCAAAGUGUAGCCCACGGUCAGGCAGGCCUGCAGCCCCCUCCUCAUGCUUGAUCCUCCAGUAGAAAUGGGCUUCUCCAUCCACGUACAACAGCAGCAGGUCACAGAAGGGGGUGAUCUGGGAGAGGCAGGGCAGACCCACGGCCCAGCCCCCAAACUGCCAUUCGCCUCCUCCCCAGCCCUCACUCCAAGACUCAACAUCAGCCAGGGGGCUUGGGAGGCACUCGGGGGGCACAUGCUUGCUGACAGCCAGAGGGAGCCACGAUGGCCAGACUCAUCACCCCCAGCCAAGCCGCUCCAGUGCCCAGCAUGUGGGGUGUGGGGAUAAGCCCGAACUUUCCUGCCUGAGAGAGACCUAGGCCGAGCCUCUCUGCCUGUGGCUGUCACCCCCUCCAGCCCCUCCUCUCUUCCCGCCCUCACCUGUCCUGGCCUGACCCCUACCUGCCCAGUGAUGAGGAUGGCGAAGCGGAUCCCAUAGAGCUGAGCAGGCUUCGGGCCUCCACGCCUGAGGCCUCCCCUCAGUGAACAGCUGUCCUGGGGCAGGAGAGAGUCCAGUGGCUGCUCUGCCCACUCCUGGAUGGCCUGGCCCUCACAGGUCUCAUCUUCCUCACCCACUAACUCCACCCCCAGCCUGAGUCCUGGGUCUCAGACCUGUGUCACUGCUGAGGACACAGGGGACAAGCAAGAUGGGACCUGCCUCUCAGAAGCUCCCUGACUGCUGAGGGGACA